AUGGGAAGUGAUAAUCGAGAACUCAAUGAUAGCAAAUUAGAUCAUGUCGAUAAUGUCGGAAAAAACACUUUACUGUGCAGGAAAUGUUGCUUUAUUUCACAUUUCAUUCUGCUCACUUACGAGCAACUUACUUCAACAGUUAAGAAUUGUGCUGAGCUGCACGAAUCUAGCCAGACAAUCAGUGGUGUUUAUACAAUCAAACCUGAUCACUCAGACGCCUUUGAUGUAUAUUGUGAUGAGACAACAGAAGGUGGGAGCCGAACAGUGUUCCAGAGAAGAAUAGAUGGUUCUGUUGAUUUCAACCGCACUUGGGCUGACUUCAAAAAUGUAUUUGGAAGUUUCCUGGCUGGUGAGUUUUGGCUCGGACUGGAUAAGAUCCAUCUGCUGACUCGAGAGAAGAGAAACAGUAUGCUUCGAGUAGAUCUCGGGGUUGAUUCUAAAAAAUCUGUUUACGCUGAAUAUGAGUGGUUUGGAAUUGCAAACGAAACGGCAAAGUACCAGCUGAACAUUGGCAAGUUAGCAAAUCUAAACGGAAUUUAUGAAGACAACGGAACAGGAAAGAUUCACUGGGGAAAAAUAGAUGGUAACGAUGCUAACGGCGCUCCCAAAACAUCAGAAAUGAAAAUCAGACCGGUAGAAUUGUUUUAG